ACAUAUCUUCGUGACGGACGCCAAGAGCAGUCACAUCUUUGUUGCGUAGUGCCGAGAUCAUGUGCUCCUGGCAACUACUGAUAUCUGUUAUCGCCCUGUCUCUCCAAGGCCUGAGUGGCAAUGCAGUGGCUACUCAGGAAAUGGAUGAUGUUCAGUUACUGGACCACUACCCUGGAAAUAAAGUGUUAAGAUUGAUUAUUCAGACUUACAUGGAAAACCUUCUGCAAGACCUUCAACAACACGCAAGUAGUCCAAUGUCUUCUCUCCAAAUGGCACGAUUGACGAAGCAUAUGAAUGAAUUUUACGACUACGUUGCUGAGCACCCAGCUCUUCAUCAGCGUCGUCUGUGGGUGGGAAAGGAAAAACCAACCUUUGUUCCAAACACCAAUUAUCAUGGAAACAUUGCAGAUGAGUUUAAAGGAUUGGAAACAAAAUUACCAACAAACCAAAAAUCCAAAAGAGGUUCUAUCUACCCAUCAGAAGAAAUCUGUAGCACUGAGACCACCUGGAUACAGAUUAACCUCACCACUGACGUCUACAAUAAGCCUGUAGAGGUGAUUCAACAAGAUGAUCUCAGGCAGUUUGUUUUCUCUUUCAAGUGUGUAACGGCAUAUAGACCAUGCAGUGGAAUAUCCACAUUGUAUGAAAGUGAAUGUAUAGAAAGACUUGGAUGGGUGUAUAUGUAUUACCGGCGCCUAGAUGAUUUUUCGAGUAAAGAACCACAGUGGGGACCAGUGGCUGUACCCCAUCAUUGUGCGUGCAAGAUAACCCCUAAGUAUUUUCCUGAUAUUUGAACUUCUUUCAAAUGGGCAAUCAGCUCUUAUAAUCUUGGUAUAAGCGUGAGUAUUGUGGCUACCGCACCUCUGUACUGUCUGCUCAGCACCCUGCUGUCUGUCCUUCUGUUUCCAUUGAUAAGCACCAGUGGAUGUUAUGAGAAACAUAUGACAGUCAAGAAAUUAUUAUCCAAACGUUAUCUAGAUCUGGUCGUCUUUAAAUUUUGAAAUUAUGAACAUCUAAGAAAUAUUUUUCACAAUAGUAUGAUAAUUUACAAUAAAAUUUGAACUUAUUUACAACUAUUUCUUACUUCCAGCUGUCGGUAUUCUUUUUAAAUUGUUUAAUUAUUAGUGUCAUAUAAUGUCUAGAAAUGGCAUUACACAACAAUGUUUGAACCUAAUAAGUAAUAAGCAUUGAAAAAUAAAAACUAUUUGUAUGAUAUUAAUAAAAUAAAUAUAUACACUGAGCAAGAGUUCUGGAAAUUUUUAUGUUCUAAGUUCUAUUUUUA